AUGAGUGUUCCAAAUCGUACCUUUACAAUGAAAAAUGGUUAAAAUUUCACUAUCGAGACAAAGAAAUUAUAAGGAGGAAAAAAUUUUGCUAAGCCUCCAUCAAAAGAUGAGAUUGAGAAAUAGUUUAUGGAAUGGGUUAAUAAUGUAUAAUUUCUAUAAUUCUAAGAUUUUUUUAGAAUAGAAAGAUUUAGAAUAAAUAAAACAACUUGAUUCAAAAUAUAAGUUUAGGAUAUGCUAAUUGUAUAAUUAAUUUUUGAAGGAGGAAAGGUAGAAUUAAUAAAAUGAAUAAAAUAAAAUGAAAAAAGCUUUAGAAGAAUGUAAAUCUUUAAUAAUAAAACUUUUUAAGGAGUAUUCUGAUCUUCAUCUAAAUGGUAAAUUUAUUAAUUUAAAUUCUAGCAUUACUUAAUAAUUUAAGAGACUAAGCAUCAUAUUAAUAUAUUCAUGAUAAGCUUUAAUUAAUUAAAUAAUACUUAGUAGUACAAACUUUAUUGAUGAAACUUAAAUAAUUAGAGGAAUAAUCAAGAAUAUAGAAAAAUUUUAGAGAAUAGAUUGCUAUCUUAGAAUUUUUCGAGUUUUUAAUAUAAUAUAAUAUUGGGAGAGAGUGUUUAUUAGUAGAUGGUUUUUUUGGAAUUCUGUUUAGUAAUUUCCAUCCAGUUGAAACUAAAGUAACAGGAAUUACGUUAAAAAUAUUAUCUGGUAGUAAAGGUCUAAGUUGGUAACCUGGUUGUGUCUAAAAGAUUUUAGAAGCUAUGCAUAAGUUUUAAAAAACUUAUUAAUUAUAAAAUAGGUUCAAUAUGAAAUUAUAAAUUUAGAUUUGAUAUCAUUAUAAGAACAAUUUAUGCCUCAAAGAAUUUAAUCAUGGUUUUUAUUAAUAUUAAAUUCCUAUUCAAAUUUCUAUAUUCGUUGGAUAAUGAAAUAGUUGAUGAAGUUGUUAAAGAAUUUUUUGAUUCAAAAGUUAAUGAUAAAAAAGUUAGAGAAGUAUUUCGUUUAGUUUAGGGAAGAAUUUAAAAGAAAUUAUAUUAAAAAGAAGAUUGUACAUAUGAAUCAGUAAGAAAAGAGCUUAAAAAAUUUUAACAUCCCUUAGCAUCUGAAGGAAGUGAAUAAUUAUUAACACAUAGAUUUAAAACAUAAGAUAUAAAUAUUUCUGAGAAAAUAAAUUUGUAAGAGGUUGUUUCAGAAAUAGUUAACCAUGAAUCUUCUAAUUAAGACUUUAAGAAUGAUUAAUAUUAUUAUUUUGAAAAUGGUUAGGAUUCUAUUUUUUAUGGAAUUUAAAGAAAUGUUUUAGAAUGGAUAAAUGCUAUAUUAAAUAUUUAUUAACUAUUAGAUAAUAAUUAAGAUUCUUUUCUGAGAGCUGCAAGUGAAAUUUAAAUAACAGAUUUUUAUUAUGAUAAUAAUUCUACAUAACUAUCAGAUCCAUAUAUCGAUUUGAAAUAAAAUGAAAGAGGAGCUAGUUUUGAAUCUCCAACAAAAAUAAUAAAAUAGAGUGAUUCAUCAAAACAUUCAGAAAAUUAACUUAUUUCAUAAUAUGAAGAAUUAAUUGCAGAAUUAGAUGAUUAUAAACAAUAAUUAAAAAAUGAAAAAGAAUUAUAUUUAGAAAAAGACCAAGAAUUAUAAAAUAUAUAGAAUGAAAAUGAAAAUUAUAAGACAGAGAAUAAAUAACUUAAAGAAUAAUUAAUAAAAUCUAAUGAAAAAAUAAUUGAAUUAUAAAAUAAAAUUACUAAGCUUGAAAAACUUUAAUAAAAUGAACUUUUAAAUUAAAUAAAUAAUAAUAAAUAAUAAUAAGUAUAGAUAGUUUAAUAAUAAAAUAAUCAAAUAAAAUAGAAUAUACAGAUUUAAUAGGCUUAAAUUUCUUUAUCAUACAAUUUUAAAAAAUAGAAAUAAAAUAAAAUUUUAUAAACUGAUGAUCUAGAUUUUUAAAACACUAAUUAAAAUAAUCAAAAUUCUUCAAUAAUAAAUUCUAAUACAAAUAUAGCUAAUCAAAAAGUAGGAACUUAAAUUCCUCCACCACCACCACCACCACCUCCUAAUUUUAAGGUUCCUCCUCCACCUCCUAUACCUACCCCUACACCAAAGAAUGCUGCACCACCUCCUCCGCCUCCAUCUAAAAAUGGUGUACCACCUCCUCCUCCUCCUCCUCCACUACCAACAUCCAAGAUUGGAGCUCCACCACCUCCAUUAAAAAAUGGAGCUCCUCCACCUCCACCACCUCCUCCUAAAUUUGGAGCUAAUCAAUAACUACCUCCACCUCCUCCUAUUGGAAAUAAUCUUAAUUAAACAUAAAAUUAAAUCAAUUCAUAAAUACCAUCUGUACCUAUUCGUAAUCUAAAUUGGAUUGUUAUCAAUAAUUAGAUUUAAAAUAAUUCUAUCUUUUAAAUAAUCUCAGAUGGUCUUGAAUAAGUUGAUCUAGAUUAUUCAUUAUUAGAAAAGAAUUUCAGUAAAAUAUAACCAAAAGAAUCAAAUAUUAAAUAAUCCAAUACUAUAUAAUAUAUUACUAAAAUUACACUUUUAUCAUCUGAAAGAUCAAAAAAUAUUGAAUUAGUUCUAGGAAAAUUAAAACUUCCUAAUUCUAUCCUUAUUAAGUUAUUAAAAUCUUUUGAUAAUAAAAUUUUUACAUCUGCUAUCAUUGAAAGUUUAGAUGCAAUUUGUCCAACUGAUGAAGAAGUCAAACUAUUAGCAGAAUAUACUGGUGAAAAAGAAUUAUUGGGUCAGCCUGAAUUAUUUAUUGAUUCUAUUAGAACUGUUCACGGAUUUUAAUAUAGAUUAAAAGCAAUCAAAUUUUAACUUAGUUUUAAAGAAUAAGUUACAGAUUUAAAUAAAAAAAUUAAUAUACUUAAUUAAUGCUUUUCUAAAGUAAGAUAAAUGCCAGAAUUAGAAACAUUGUUUAAAAUAGUCUUAAAAAUUGGUAACUUUUUAAAUGGUAAUUAUUUUUCAAAAAAUAAAUAGCUUCUACAAAUAGAGGAAAUGCUUAAGGAUUUAAAAUUGAUGCUAUAGAAAAAUGUGCAGAUAUGAAAACUAGUGAUAAUUAAGAAAAUUUACUUUAUUAUGUUAUAGAUUUAUCAGAGAAUAUAUUGAAAAAAGAAAUAAUCAAUGAAUAAAGUAAUUAUUUUUAUUAUAUUUAUUAAAGCAAUCUUAAACUUAGAAUAAAUUGAAAAAUUACCUAUAUCUUAAUUAUAAAUCGAUUUAUCUGAAAUUAAAAAAGGUUUAAAUGUUAUAACAAAAGCAAUAGAAUUUUAAACUGAAGAUAAAGAAGAUUAAGUCAAAGCUCAUUUAUAACCACUAAAAGAAGAAAUUGUAUCUGAUAUUUCUAACUUAGAAUAUUAAUUAAAACAAUUAGAAGAUAAUUAUAGAUAGUCAGCAAUUUAUUUUUGCGAAAAUAUAAAAGAUUCAUCUGAUAAAUUUGGAGAAAAAAUAUUGAAAAUGUUAAGAUGCUUAUUAAAAAAUAAAAAAGAAAAAGUUUAAAAAGAGGAAAAAAAAAAAAAGCAAUAAGAAAUGUUAUAAAAACAAUAAUCCAAAAUGUAAGCUUUAUCUAGUUAAAAACCAAUGUCUUAAACUCAAUCAACCCCAAAUUCAGCUCAGGAAUCUAUAGGAAAACUUAAUUAAAGUGGCUUAAAUGUGACUACUUUUAAAUUAGUAAAUGAAAAUGAUGUAUAAGUGAAGUAAUUUGGAAUUUGUCAAGAAAUAGAAGAAUUAAGAAAAAUGAGAUAGAUUAAGCUUACUAGUUCUAUGAUAAAAAAUGAAUCUGAAGAAAUAGAAUAAGAUAGAUGA